CCAGCACCCCCCGCGGGCGGAUUGUACACAAUCAUCAUGGCUGCCGCCUCUGCCUCCGCUGAUGAAGUCGAUGAACCUGGCAUGGAAACAGAAGCUCAGGCGCUGGAGCUUAGCUGUGGAGAUGCUGGGGAAAGCAAUUCCUCCGCGGCUGGGAAAGCCCUGGAAAUGGACCAACUGCAAGAGGAUUCAGACAUGUCACAGGCUUCAGUCAGCAACGGUGGCGAUUCCGAGACUGGGAAGGAACUAGUAGAAUUAAAAAUCAUUUGGAACAAAAAUAAAUAUGAUGUGAAGUUCCCGCUUGACAGCACAGGGGCUGAUCUGAAAGAGAAAAUCCACUCCCUCACAGGCCUUCCACCCACUAUGCAGAAAGUCAUGUUUAAAGGACUUGUACCGGAGGAGAAAACAUUACGGGAAAUCAAAGUAACAAAUGGUGCAAAAAUAAUGGUUGUUGGUUCAACUAUCAAUGAUGUGCUAGCAGUAAAUACUCCCAAAGAAGCUGCUCAACAAGAGGUGAAAUCUGAAGAAAAUAAAAAAGAGCCUCUUUGUAGACAAAAGCAACACAGAAAAGUAUUGGAUAAAGGAAAACCUGAAGACGUGAUGCCUUCUGUUAAGGGUGUUCAGGAGCGCCUGCCGACAGUGCCCUUAUCCGGCAUGUACAACAAAACAGGGGGGAAAGUGAGGCUGACCUUUAAACUAGAGCAAGAUCAGCUGUGGAUAGGCACUAAAGAGAGAACAGAAAAAAUACCCAUGGGGUCCAUUAAAAAUGUGGUGAGUGAACCUAUUGAAGGACAUGAGGAUUAUCACAUGAUGGCAUUUCAACUGGGCCCUACAGAAGCAUCUUACUACUGGGUUUACUGGGUACCUACUCAAUAUGUUGAUGCAAUCAAAGACACAGUACUGGGCAAAUGGCAGUAUUUUUGAAAGCACGCUCACCUCUGGCACAGGAGACUGACACAAAACAAAGGACACUGCUGGGAGAGGCCUCCGACAUCCCUGGAUUUGACAGUCCUGGAACUUUAUUAAUAAAAUAUGAUAUAACGAGGCAUUGACGGAAGCCAGAGGUGAUGUUCUUUCACCAUUAGUUUACUUUUAACUUAAAAAUUUCAGCAUCCCUUUUCUGCAGUCAGCUUCAAUCAUAUUUAAAGUAAAUACAAUGGAAAUCAAUAAAUCUCAAUUAAUAAAACAUUGUGUGUAAUACACUUAAAUCUGCUGAGAGUAGAUCUUCCAAUUUAGUUUUCAGAAGAAAAUAUUACAAUGUAUUGUUGAAGAUUUUUUACUUGAUUUGAACAAAAGACAAAUAUUUUCAUAAUUCUUCAGUUACAAACAGACUUAAUUUAGUUAUUUGGUUGUGAUUGAGAGUUUGAAAACCGUUUUUAAAAAUUUUUUUAAACAGUAUGCAAAAUUGGGGUUUAGUAAGCCAUAUUACACUGGCCCUUUUAUUUCAGGUUUCACUUCUUUUAGUAGCAACAUUUUAACUUUUUUUUAAACCCAAAGAUUCCCAGUUCCUCUGUUUUUUAUACCAGCAGCUCUGGGAUGAUGCUUGCAAUGUUGCAUAUUGGGAGCAGGAAGAUACCACUGUAGACUUUCUGUAGCCAAGAUGGCUUGGUGCUGCUUAUAUCCCAUUUCAUGCAAUUUCAGUCAUUCUUCGUUGCUUGCAUAGCUCUGUCCCUUUGUCUCUUUCAGGGGGAUUCUGUUUCUAUGAGCAUCUUCUUUACCUUUUAUGUUGGGGUCCAAAAUCCUAUUGCAGCAAAGUCGUAACACUGACCUAGUUGGCUGAGUUAGUAUUGAUUUUUCAAUCUGCACUCUGCAAAGGACUCCUGGAGUCAGUGCACUGCAAUUGUAACAAAGAUGAUGCUAAAGGAAGUGAACCAAAGAGACCUUCCUAUUAAUUGUUGGGAUAAGCUGGCCAAGAUGCCACUUGAUUUGGAUACUGCAUAAAUAGGGUAGAGUAGUCAGUCCUUUGUGAUCUGGGUUUGAAAAGUCCUAGUAAUAUAGUUCAGUGAGUCUUACGAAGUUUUGUAUAUGCACCCGACCACUGACCUUUAUCUUUAAAGGGUAAAGAUGGUAAGGCUACAUUUCAGCUUUUCUUUCCUCAAGUUUCCAACAAAUUAUUCUAGUCCUUUACCCUAGUUCUUUCUGAAGUAAUGUUCCUCAUCUGUGGCUCAUGACAUUUUGCCUGUCAACUUAGCAGUUAAGUUAAAGUGCCAUUUAUCUCAGGUUUUCUAAGUGGACCCUUUCAGUCCUGGAAAGGUUCACACCCUUAACGGAUUGUAUUGCACAGCAAGGCUGAAUCAGUCCUGCUAUCCGUUUAACCUGCAUAUAACAGAUCACUGUUCUGAUUUUUAGCUCCUGUUUUUUUAAAAAAACACUGUACACUUCUUAGUAUUGUUUGAUACGUGUAGUUCAAAAUUUUGUGAAAUUGAUAGGGAAACAUCCCUCUCUAGCAAAGGCUAAAUUGAACAUAUUCCUUGUCUCUAUUUCAUUGUAUUUGAAAUAACCAUGUUGAAACUCAGCAGAUACAAAUUCCUGAAUGAGUAUUUUUAUAAAGAUAGAUGGGGGGGAGGGGGUCAGUUAGGGUGAUGGCUUUUUUUUCAAAUCUGGUGGUUGAAAAUCCAUUUGGAUUAAGGUUCUCUGUCUGCCUGUAGACUAUUGGUGGCAACAUAAUUUUGGUUCUGAUUUGUCUUUCCAGUUUGAACAUCCCUACAGUAUAAAUCGGUGUUAAAGGUGUUCUUCUCCCCUUGUUUAUAAAUUGGUCACAUGCAUGUUACACUUGUAGCUUGAGAUACUUCCUUUUCAUAUGAAAACUGGUACUAAUGUGUCUUGCCAUAUAAUAUAUACAUUGUAACAGGGAUAGUUUUGAAGUAGUACAAUGUCAGUUUCCUAGGACAACCUCUGAAAGUUCUUAGCAAGUACAUUAAUUCUGGUAAUAGAGUUGCUGUCAGUUCCAUUACCUUUGAGCAAUAUGUAAAACUUAAAUGCAGAUAUCAUGAUUUUUAUUUUCUAAUGCCCAAUUUUAGUAUUAAGGCUAAAACUGCAGUAUAUGAAGGAAGGUGUAUGUGCUGUACCUACACCAGACACUACCGCACUCUACAUCAGUGCAUAGCAAGAGGCAGUGACACACAUGUAGCAUUUUCUGUCCCUCAUACUCAUUCACCUACACCCUCACCCAGCCUUGCUGAUUCAGCGACUAUCAGCUUCCACUCACUGCCUCACUUACCCCUGAACUUGUCCAUAAACCCACUUGUGUUCCCUUUCCUGUGCUUUCAUUGACUUCUCAUUUGAAAGGCCCCACUGCAUUCUGUCCUGUUUUGCAACUCCUUCUAAACACUCCAGUGAACUCAGUGUUCACACUCAAUAAUGUGGCUGAGCGCACACUACCACCAGUGCUUGUAGUUCUGUGGUAGUGUGCACAUGCGACCUCACCACGUCCAAGAGAGCAAGGGCACGGAAUCCAGUGUAACAUUUCAUGUUCCUGUUUGCUCCUUCCCUGAGGCCUUUAUUGAUUCUACAUCCUGUGCCUGGUAAAAUAGAUCACUGAUAUUUAAAAGGACACUGUCAGUUAAAAUAUUCUAGAUCUUUACUUGUGUUACAAACAUUUUAUAUUAUUACAAAUGAAGAAAAAUAUUAAAUUCAAAUGUACUUGUCCCUGUUUAUGUUCCUUGUUUCCUUUUUACCUUCAUCUGAUUUAGAACAUGAAAUCCGUUGAAUUUUUGUUCACCCAAUUUUACUUUCAGAUUCUAAGGGUAGUUGUUUGGGUUACAACACAGCAAGGGGAGAUGUGUCUAACCUGUUUUCAUUGUUGGCUUUGGGUUUUUUGGCUAUGUUUAUUGGUUUGGGGUUUAUGAAAGUUUCUUAAAUUCAACCUGAAAUAUUAAUUUUAAAGUUGACAGUGCUCCUUCAAGUUAUCUCAACACUAUUUGGAGUGACAUGAAGCUUUGUGUCUUCUGGUAUUACCUAAAAAAGUAACUUAGGCUAUGUCUACACUAGCACUUUUAUCGGUAAAACUUUUGUCAGUCGGGCCUGAAAAAACACACCCCCAACCGACAUAAAUUACAUGGACAGAAGUGCUGGUGUGCACAGCGCUGUGUCGGUGGGAGACGCUAUCCCACUGACAUAGCUACCACCGCUCGUUGGGGGUGGUUUAAUUAUG